AUCAAAUGCUUCCGAGUUCUAUAUAAAAUAAAAACAAAAUUAAAAAUGAAACAAUUUGUCCACUCUCAGUUUUUCUAGGUGCACUCUUCUGGUCCGUACAAAAAAGCCAACAGCCAAUCGGUUUUCAAACAUGGACUGAUGGAAGUGAUAAAAAGUGGAGCGUCAAUAGAAAUUAUGACCCUGGUAGCCUGAGCGCGCUGUUCCUUUCACGUCUACAUGUGAAUCUUCUUUCUUCUUCUUCUUAUUCGAUACCAUCUCCAUGUCUCAUGUCUCAUAUCUCAAUUUAACUCCAAUCAACUUACUCAGAUCACUAAUUUUCCAUGGAAAUGGCUUCGAGUCCGCGAACCGUAGAGGAGAUCUUCAAAGAUUACUGUUCCAGACGAGCUGGCGUUGUUCGUGCUUUAACUUACGAUGUCGAUGAAUUAUACGGGCUUUGUGAUCCAGACAAGGAGAACCUAUGCCUCUACGGACAUUCGAAUGAGUCAUGGGAAGUGACUCUGCCAGCUGAGGAAGUUCCACCGGAGCUUCCGGAGCCGGCACUUGGGAUUAAUUUUGCAAGAGAUGGAAUGAACCGCAGGGAUUGGCUAUCUCUCGUUGCUGUGCAUACUGAUUCGUGGUUGAUUUCUGUGGCUUUCUAUCUUGGAGCUCGUCUUAACCGCAAUGAGAGUGGUGUGUGGAAGAUUUUGAUUUGUUCAAACUCAGUUAAGGAAGAUUGGAGUGAGUUCAUUAACAAGAGAAGGAAACGUCUAUUUAGCAUGAUCAAUGAUCUGCCCACUGUCUUUGAAGAAGUUACAGAAAGAAAGCCUAUAAAAGAUAAACUUAGUGUGGAUAGCGGUAGCAAGUCUCGGGCCAGCACAAAGAGAUCAAGUGAUGGCCAUAUUAAAAGCAUCCCUAAGCUUGCACAUGAGGGUUAUGAGGAUGAGGAAGAUGAACAUAGUGAAACCCUAUGUGGGAGCUGUGGUGGAAAUUACAACGCAGAUGAGUUUUGGAUUGCCUGUGACAUCUGUGAGAGGUGGUUCCAUGGAAAGUGUGUGAAAAUAACAACUGCUAAGGCUGAGAAUAUUGAGCAGUAUAAAUGUCCAUCUUGCAGCAUGAAGAGGGGCAGGCAGUAGCAUCACUAAACUCAAGGUACAAGUGGAGGGAGGGGUUUGAAUAGCGUUCAUUCAGUGGCUGACAGUAUAGAAAGGUCUCUUCAGAAGUUAAAAAGCCAUGUAAUGAAUUUGUUCUGAUGUUGGUAUAUAUCAGAUGCUUUGAAGGGUUUCCCUGCUGAAUUCUUGCUUGUAUGUUAAACUUAUAUAUAGUAGAAGUUGCUGUUUUAUGACAGUGCUCAGUAAGAUCUGCAGGUUUGGUUUCUAUGCCCUAUUUCUUAAUGAUUCUGUUGUCAGGGUGACUCUAGGAGAGAUUAAGUCCUGUUGAUGUUAUCAACAGUUUCUGAAUCAGGACUUCAUUGCAUGAAAGAGCUACUAUAAGAGAACUUUAUUAUGUUGCCAUGUUCAAUCACCCUGCUCUUGACAGUCAUGCAUUUUAUUUUAUUUUAUUUUACUUUCAGGAUUCCCAAAUAGGUCAACCUUUUGAACUGCUGGUGAAUCCAUGGGCAGGUAAGUUUCAAAAUGAAAUGCCUCAUGGCUGCCUCUAGCUAUCUUUAAAGCAAUGUUUCUACAACACAGUUUUCAUCGACAAAUUAGAAUUGAUUUGGGGAACAGUUGACUAUGGACAGAUGCUUAUUUUUGUCAUAUGAGGCCUGAAAUUUGAUUUUCUGGAGAAGUAAAAACUAGGUAUUUGAUAUGAUUUGGAGUCUGGGAAAACUUGGUUAAUUCCAACAGUUAACUGACAUAGUUUGGCAUCUUAUCCUAUCAAAAUUUCUUAGUGCUCAUCGCCAUAUUGUGUUUACAACUGUGUUUGGCUGGGUUAUCGGGGUUGUCUUAUAAUCCUUUGAGCAAGGAAACCAUAUCGCUCAUGCGGUGCCUCAGCCUCUCUAUCCCCUAAUUCUAAUUCUGAAAUGGGUUCCAGUCGCUCAGAUGGUUCUGGCAAAAAACUAUUGCACUGGACACAAGAGCUUCAUUAUCGAUUCGAGGAAGCUGUUAAUCAGCUUGGUGGCCCUGAGUGUGAAUCUGAUCAUCCCUUUGAUAUACAUUGCAUCUAAUACACCCAAGGGAAUCUUGAAGGCUAUGGGCAUUGAUGGACUGACCAUCUACCAUGUCAAAAGUCACUUGCAGAAGUAUAGGAUCUCAAAAUUUAUACCAGAAUCAACUAGUAGAGGCAAGUUUGAGAGUAGAAAUAUUUCAGAGAUACUGCCUAAUUUUGGUGCAACAUCGUGACUCUCACCUGGACUUUGAAUGUACCACUCUUCAACUUCCUUAACUGCACAUUAACAUGAAUAUUGGUGUGAACAAUGCAGUGCAGCUCAACUCAUUGAAGCCUUACUAAUGCAAAUGGAAGUACAAAGGUGACUAAUGAUCAACUUCAGGUUCAAAGGAGUUUGAAGCUUAAAACUGAAGCUCAAGUAAGGUUCCUCGAUAGAAUUGCAGAAGAACAUAGAAACCGACCUGGAAAGCUAAAUUAUUCUCCCAGAUCGACAUCAUUGCCAUCUCUCUAUGAGGACUACUCUGAUUCAAAUGCAAAGGAUUUCGAUUCUGAUUCUGAAGUGGACAAAAAUGAAGCAAUUCAAGCUAUGAAGAGGGCGAGGGUUGAUGUUGAUGUUGGUAAUUUCUUCCCACAAAAGUUCAUGUUUGCGUCACUCAACAAAGACAUGCAACCAAAAACUUCAUAUCCUCCCUGGAAUAUGCCACCUUGCUCCUCACCUUUAGUGUCCAGCUUUUUAUAGAAUAAUACUUUUUUUUUUUUUUUCUAAAUAAUAAGUUUCAGAAUUGAUAGAGAUAUUUUCAGUUGCUCCCUGAUUACAACUCUCCUUUUCAGACCGUGGAAGUUAUCUAUCAAAUCAUCUUUUGGGAUGAUUAUAUUCUAUAUAAAUAAGAUAAAUAAGAUGAAACUAUUAUGUGAUUUAAA